GGGCGCUCUGUGCGUGCGUCAGAGGAGGGAGGGGAGCCAACAUGGCGGCAACUGUAACUGUGCCACUGCUGAUUUGUUUAGCAUCAUUUUCACUACCAAUUAGCUCUUCCACACUCAAUGAGCCUUGUUACAAACCUAUCAGAGACGACAGGCCAGACUUUGUCAAGACACAAGCCCGGCCGCAUGAGUACCUGAAGGUGUCGGACCUCCCUCUGUCGUGGGACUGGAGGAACAUCAAGGGGAAGAAUUAUGUGAGCGUCACGAGGAACCAACACAUCCCCCAAUACUGUGGCUCCUGCUGGGCCAUGGGAGCCACCAGUGCAUUAGCUGACCGUAUCAACAUCAAACGUGGAGGAGCGUGGCCGUCGGCCUACCUGUCAGUCCAGAACGUGAUAGACUGUGGAGGGGCUGGCUCUUGUUACGGAGGAGAUCACCUGAGAGUCUACGCCUACGCCCACGAGAGAGGCAUCCCUGAUGAGACCUGCAACAACUACCAAGCCAAAAACCAAAAGUGUGAGCUGUUUAACCAGUGCGGCACCUGCUCCUUCUUUGAAUCGUGUGCGGUGGUGAAAAACUACACCGUGUGGAAAGUGGGAGACUACGGAGAAGUUUCUGGAAGAGACAAGAUGAAAGCUGAGAUUUACACCAACGGGCCCAUCAGUUGUGCCCUCAUGGCCACUGAUGGCCUGGAGAAGUACUCUGGAGGGAUCUUCUCCGAGUUUCACCCCCUCUCUUUACCGAAUCACAUCGUGUCUGUGGCCGGCUGGGGUGUGGCGGAGGACGGGACAGAGUACUGGAUCGUUAGGAACUCCUGGGGAGAGUUUUGGGGGGAACAUGGCUGGGCGAGAAUAGUCACCAGUGCUUAUAAAGGAGGAAAAGGCAACUGGUUCAACUUGGGUAUUGAGAAAAACUGUGCAUAUGGAGACCCUGUUGUUACAUAGACACCCAAAUAAAUUGAUUUUGUCAUGUUGGGUUUAUUGAUAUAACUACUGAUGAUCUGAGUAAGUUUGAAAAUUAAAGGAGUAGUUCAACA